UGGUGUGCAGUCUGAAGUGUUGUGUGGACUGAUAUUAUAGUUUCAAAUUCCAUCGUGUGAACUGGAUUUUACAAAUUAUUUACUUGCUCUCUAUUUUUGAUUAGUAAACAAUCAAAAACAUGGCAUACAAGGCGAGAUUAAAAGAAUUUGAUAACAUUCUAAAUAAGGACGUCAUAAAUUUACGAGAUCUUCAAAAACUAGCAUUUAAUGGUAUCCCAGAUGACCAAGGUAAAAGAGCACUAUGUUGGAGGUUGUUGUUGAAUUAUUUACCUACAGAAAAGGCAAGCUGGAGUACACAUUUGAAAACAAAGAGAGAUUUAUACCAGCAAUUUAUUGAUGAAAUGAUAGUAACGCCCGGCUGUAAAGAAGCGGAUGGAGGUGUAAACGACCAUCCCUUAAGUGUGAAUCCCGAUAGCGAAUGGCAAGCAUUUUUUAAAGAUAACGAAGUCCUCUUACAAAUCGAUAAAGAUGUAAGGCGUCUAUGUCCUGAUAUAUCAUUUUUUCAACAGCCCACCGAAUUUCCUUGUAGCGUAGUUGUAAAUAGUAUGGACGUAAAACGUCUUCACCGGAGGGUUGAAAGACGUGUCUUAAAGUCGGCGAACGUCGAGAGAAAAGGAUUAGGAAUCACGAAGCAGAUAGCGCUAUCCUUAAAAAAGGCAACGGAGGAUUACGCGCCGAUGGACGAAGGCCAGGAGGCUCACUGGGAGGUGGUCGAGCGCAUUUUAUUUCUGUACGCGAAACUAAAUCCUGGGCAAAGCUACGUACAGGGCAUGAACGAAAUUCUCGGACCUAUUUAUUACGCUUUCGCAUCGGAUCCUGAUGUUACGUACAGAGAGUGGGCGGAAGCGGAUAGUUUCUUUUGCUUUACGAAUUUGAUGUCUGAGAUUAGGGACUUCUUCAUUAAGACUUUAGAUGAGGCGGAGUGCGGCAUAAAUAACAUGAUGACUCGAAUGUUGACGCAGUUGAAGAAUAGCGAUUUAGAUGUGUGGUUAAAGUUUCAACAGCUCGAAUUACGACCGCAAUAUUAUAGCUUCAGAUGGAUCACUUUGCUGUUAUCGCAAGAGUUUCCGUUACCAGAUGUGUUAAGAAUAUGGGAUUCUUUGUUUUCUGAUGAAAAACGGUUUAGUUUCCUUAUUUAUAUUUGUUGUGCAAUGAUUAUAAUAAUAAGACAUCAACUUUUGAAUGGCGAUUUUCCGUCGGACAUAAAACUGCUACAGAAUUACCCUUCCAUGGACGUACAAAUCAUUUUAUCAAAAGCGGACGAACUGUCAAAGAAGUUAUAUUAGCCAUCAUACACACAAGAUAUAGUUACCGGUGAUAUUAAAAGUUGCUUCUGUACAAUUAUUCAAUAUUUCGUCCCUUAAAGAUUAUCGUUAGCAAUCUUUAAGCUACUUACUUAAAUGUUGUGUUUAUAAGAUUUAUGUUAUUCCUAUUUCUAAUUUUAUAAUGUAUAAAUCUAGACUCAAUUGUACUUCUUAGCUCUCUAGUAAAUAUUGGUAUAUA